AUGACAAGCACAGACAAGGAAGAAUAUGAAAAAACAAGUGCAAUUCAGAAAAUAAUUACCCGUUCCCAGUCCUCAAUGUCUGAGUUCGAUGGUGAAAAUAUUGGUACCCAGGCAUAUCUGAUGACAAUAGAGAAAUGCCUUGCUGUAUUCGAGACAUCUAUUGAUCAUGGACUUACGGAAUCAAAAGCAGGGUCCCUUCUUGAGAAGUAUGGUAAAAAUACCUUAGGUGAAGGUACAAAAAUAUCAAUUACUGGAAUUGCCAUUCAUCAAAUGUGCAACGCAAUGAUAUUGGUCCUUGCAAUCUCCAUGAUUAUUGCUUUUGCCAUACAUGAUUGGAUUACAGGAGGUGUUAUUGCUUUUAUUAUUGGGCUUAACGUUAUCAUAGGUGCUUUUCAAGAAUAUAAGGCGGAAAAGACUAUGGGAUCUUUAAGAAAUUUAAGUUCUCCUACUGCACGAGUUGUCAGAGAUGGCAGUGAUAUUACAAUACAGGCCGAAAAUGUUGUUCCCGGUGAUAUUGUGAUCGUCAAGACUGGCGAUACGAUACCGGCUGAUCUAAGACUUAUUGAUUGUACAAAUUUUGAGACAGAUGAGGCAUUGCUUACCGGUGAAUCUAUUCCUAUUGCCAAAGAUUCAAAAGCGGCUUAUUCUCAGGAAAUUCCUGUGGGAGACCGGCUUAACAUGGCAUUUUCUUCAUCUACCGUUUCUAAAGGACGGGCUACUGGUAUCGCUAUACUUACUGGCCUUCACACAGAAAUAGGUAGCAUUGCUUCUUCUUUGCACGAAAAAAAAACUACAGUUAAGCACGUGGAAAACAAAGAGGAAGCAACAUUCAAAGAUUAUUUGGAGGCUGCAAGAAUUACUGUUUAUCAGACUAUCGGAUACGUUUUGGGUACUACAGAAGGAACACCCCUUAAACGCCGAUUGGCAAAAUUGGCAAUAUAUCUUUUUGUUUUUGCCGUGAUUCUAGCUAUCGUUGUUCUUGCCAGUCAGAAAUUCAGGGUGACUACAGAAGUUGCAAUAUAUGCCAUUUGCGUUGCCAUUUCAAUGAUUCCUUCAUCCUUAGUUGCAGUGUUAACCAUCACGAUGGCUAUUGGUGCAAAAGAAAUGGUUAAGAAAAAUGUGAUCGUCAGAAAGAUGGAUGCUUUAGAACAUCUUGGUUCGGUUAAUGCAAUAUGCUCGGAUAAAACUGGUACAUUGACACAAGGAAAAAUGAUCGCUAGGAAUGUUUUUAUUCCUGGGGUUGGAACAUUUUCCGUUGUCAAUUCUGACGAACCAUUCAAUCCAACUGUUGGGGAAGUUAAAUAUAACCCAAAGUCACCUGAUGAAAUUGCUCGAGAAGAUAACAACAAAUGGAUAGUUUAUGAGAAAUUUAUGAAUAUCAAUCAAGGGUCAAACAGGCUAAAUAUAUAUCAGAACUGGCUUAACACGGCAGCAUUAGCCAAUGUUGCAAUCAUUUUUCAAGAUUCCGAUGAACUCACGAAGGAGCUUACAUGGAAAGCUCGAGGUGAUCCAACUGAAAUUGCAAUACAGGUUUUUACUGCAAGAGUUGGACAUUCAAGGACCAAAAUUGUUGAUGAAGCGGGGAUGUUUGAACAUUUGGCAGAGUAUCCUUUUGAUUCGUCAGUUAAGAUGAUGUCAACUAUUUACAAAGAACAGGAAACAGGAGUUGUGAAAUGUUAUACGAAGGGGGCUGCUGAAAGAAUUUUGGAUAGAUGUACCAAGUGGUUUGAUGAAAAGACUGGUGAAUAUGUCAAUUUUGAUCAGGAAGCGAGAUCAUUCAUCGAAGACAGUAUUGAUGCAAUGUCAUCGAAAGGAUUAAGAGUUCUUGCCUUUGGAAACAAGGAAAUAAAGGAUGCAAAGCCAGAUAUGAUAUGGGGUGAAGAUCUGAGAGGAGAUGUGGAAAAUAACCUUUCACUAGUUGGACUCAUCGGAAUUUAUGAUCCACCAAGGCAGGAAUCCCUUCCUAGUGUCAAAAUGUGUCACAAAGCAGGAAUUUCAGUGCACAUGGCAACAGGAGAUCAUCCUUCUACAGCCAAAGCAAUUGCACAGGAGGUUGGAAUAUUACCUCAUAAUUUAUAUCACUACUCAACCGACGUUGUUAAAGUGAUGGUGAUGACGGCCUCUCAGUUUGAUUCCAUGUCAGAUGAAGAAAUCGAUGGACUUCCAGUUCUCCCCCUAGUUAUCGCCAGAUGCUCUCCGAAAACUAAAGUGAGAUUGGUUGAUGCCCUUCAUCGAAGAGAUCAAAUUGUUGCAAUGACGGGUGAUGGAGUGAACGAUUCACCUUCAUUAAAAAAAGCGGACAUAGGAAUAGCCAUGGGAAAAAAUGGAUCUGAUGUUGCUAAAGAUGCUAGUGAUAUCGUACUUUCUGAUGAUAAUUUUGCAUCCAUUUUGAACGCCAUAAAAGAAGGUCGCCGAAUGAGUGAUAACAUUCAAAAGUUUGUUCUACAGCUUCUCUCUCUUAAUGUGGGUCAGGCUCUUUUUUUGAUGAUUGGAUUGGUUUUCAAGGAUGUGAACGAUUUUUCAGUUUUUCCUCUUUCUCCGGUGGAAGUUUUGUGGGUUAUUGUGGCCACAUCGUGCUUCCCGGCAAUGGGCCUAGGUGUUGAAAAGGCUACUGAUGACAUUAUGCAAAAGGCUCCAAAAGACUCAAAAGAAGCUGUCUUUACCAAAGAAAUGCUUUCCGAUAUGAUUGUUUACGGCGUAAUCAUUGCAUGCUGUUGUAUGAUUCCAUUCGUUAUCAUAAUGUAUGGAAUUGGAAAUGGUGACUUUGGAGUCGAAUGUAAUAACACAGAUUUUUCAGGAUCAUGUUAUAGAGUUUUUAGAGCAAGAACGACAGCUUUUGCUGUACUGACUUGGUGUGCCCUUUUGCUUGCAUGGGAAGUAAUUCAUAUGAGAAGGUCAUUAUUCUUUAUGCAUCCGGAGACAGAUAAUCCUAAAACUCAAUGGAUGAAGGACCUUUGGGAUAACCAAUUUUUAUUCUGGUCAGUAAUUGCUGGAUUUUUCACUAUAUUUCCUACCGUUUAUAUUCCUGUCAUCAAUACUAAAGUGUUUUUGCAGCGUGGAAUUUCUUAUGAAUGGGGCUUUGUUGUUUGCUUCAGCAUUUUAUUCCUUGCUUGCGUUGAGAUCUACAAAUGGAGAAAAAGGCAUUGGUACGCAAAACGGGACGGAGCGCAUAAUCCAGAACACGACUUAGAGAAGAAUUCACCAUUUGCUCGUUACUCUAGCUUCUCAAGGGCCCCUACAGCUGAUAUGGAUCAGGCUUUUAUUCACUGA